CAAUAUUUAUUUCUUAUUAUUAAUCAAGAGAACAUUUUGAUUCAUUCACUUCCGGUUAUUUGCCAUGGCGAGUUUUAUUUCUUGGCGGACUAUGAUCACAUUGACAACUUUCGCUAUCCUUUUCCUCGUUCGAAUUGAUGAAAGUAUAGCUGUACUCGCGGAACCUCAAGCACCUAACUUUCAGUAUUUUGAACGGCCAAAGUAUCGCUAUCCUUAUUACGAUGAAAAUGGCAAAGGAAAGCUGCUAUACGGCUAUGGUGGACCGGAAUUGUACCAAUAUAAAACAUUUAGUGUUCUUGAAGGGAUUCAUUAAUCAUUUUGUUUAAAUUCUUAGAAAAUUGAAUAUAAAAUAUCUAUAAUACAUACAACGUAACAUAUGCAAACAUGUUAUGAUUAAUUCAUUAAAUAUACUCAUGAAACAUAAUUCGAAUAUAUCUAUGCAACACACGGAUAUACCUUUUCAAUGACACAAUUGAACUAUAUUAUUCGAAUAUAAAUCAUUAUACUAUUCAAAAAAACAGCAACAUCUGUCGUUGGUGUAAGUUACAUAUUAUCCUGCCAACAAAAGGGUACAUUCGUAAUUGUGAAAUUAAAAAGAAACAUUAUAAGAUCAUUUAUUUAUCCUAUUACAACUGUAUUCUUAAAUGCAAUCGAUUUGUGACUGGUUGUAAUUACAAUAUGUUUAUCUCUGUAUGGUUCUUACUCGGUAAAAUGCUGCAUGAUUCGCUUCCUCUAGCGUGAGUUGACUGACAAUGAAUGAACGAUAGUGAAAUUGAUACUUGUCGAACGAGACUUAAAAACUGUUACAAUAUUUAGAAAAAGGUGUAAGAUAGAAUGUUUACGAUGAUUCAGUGCAAACAUUGCUUUGGACUGCAGUCUCUAAGACUAUAUUACAGGUAGAAUAUAUUAUUAAAAGUCAUUGGUCUAUCAAACGUGCAUGGAAUGUGCAGUAGCACUGCUACCAUCUAUGAAACGGUGAUUUAUAGUCUUAUUGUAAGGACAAUAAUGAAAUAUAGUUUAAUAGUAUACAGUC